AUGUGCUUUGGCGUCAUCAAGAGCUGGAACCAAGAGAAGGGCUUCGGCUUCGUCGCGUCGCCGGACCUCGCGGCUCACGGCGUGGACGGGGACGCCUACCUGCACAUCUCGCAGAAGGGGGACCACGAGGUGGGCAGCGAGGUCGCCUUCACCCUGCAGCUUGUCAACGGCAGGCCGCAGGCCCGGAGCCUCAAGACCCCGGAGGAGGGCCGGGCGGAGGGGGCGCAGUCGGAGGCCCUCGGCCAGGCCGAGAAGGAGAUGAUGGGCCAGCUCCAGGCCGGCAUGGGCGCCUCCGCGCCGGGCAAGGGCCACGACCCUCGGGAGCAGGUGCUCGGGACCUGGGUCGGCACCAUCAAGAGCUAUAACCACGAGAAGAAGUUCGGAUUCCUCUCUUGUAUUGAGCUGAACGCGAUGAGCGGAGUUCCGGGCGACGUCUACCUGCACGACAGGGUGAUGACGGGCUUCGCGGUCCGAGCACGACCAGAGCUCCCGAGCGGCGGUGUGCUGGCACAUUGGGUGUUCAGGGCACGGCCCGCAUGCCGCCUGUUAGAGGUGGCGACGGGGCUGGAUGGCACAGGGGGGGUGUCCUGUGUCCCCGACCAGCGCCUGGCGUGCCUGGCGGGUGGCAGGGGGGCGUUGGACGUGUACGUGCACCUCUGA